UGCACGUUGCCGACGCCUGAUGCCCGCAGGCCCAUACACAUUGCCGGUGCCACAGUGCCAGCGAUUAUGCCGACCGAGCCGCGCGCUCCCCACGGUCCUCCUCCACGUCUCACCAAAUCGACGAAACGUGUCCGAAAAGACUGAAAACCCGAUAUUUUCCGCGCGCUGUGUUCAUAAUUUUUAAACUAUUUCCUAAGUUAUCGAACCGCAACGGUUUUAACCUUCGUUUGGGCGCGAAACGAUUACUGUGCACCGCGUAGUGUGGUAGAGUAAUUAACUGCAUAAUUGUGUUCCGAUAUUCGGUGGGAAUGAGCACGUUUCUAGGCAAGUUGUUCGCACAGGCACAGUGUCAAGAGGGAGGUGGUUAUUUAAAACGAGCCAACCCCGACCAGUUGCACGCGAUCUUCAACAAGUACGCGUCGAUCGAGCAGAAUGGCGAGCGGUUCAUGAACGCGGAUGAUUUCGUCCGCCGAUAUUUGAAGCUGUUUGAAGGCGACAACGUCAACAAGGACUCGGUGCGUCUGCUCGCCGGCAUCGUCGACACCAACAAGGAUAACUUAAUCAGCUAUGCGGAGUUUCAAGCCUUCGAGGGGCUGCUUUGCUUCCCGGACGCGCUCUACAAGACUGCUUUCCAGCUCUUUGAUACCAACGGCAAUGGCGUCGUUAGUUUUUCUGAAUUCGUGGAAGUUAUGCGUAAGACUGUCCUGCAUGAACGGAUACCGUUCAAUAUGGAAUCGCCGUUUAUCCAGCUGUAUUUCGGAAGGAAUAAACAACGCGCGAUUAGCUACUCGGAGUUCAGUCAGUUCCUGCAUGAUUUCCACGAGGAGUACGCGAUUGAAGGCUUCCGGAAAGCGGAUAAGGAUGGAACUGGGUUUAUAUCCGAGCUGGACUUCCAGGAUAUUAUGAUCAACAUCAAGAGCCACCUGCUUACCAAGCAGGUGCAGUCGCACCUCAUUGAGACGGCCAGCGGCAGUCAGACCGGACACAAAGUUAGCUUUCCCUACUUCAUCGCCUUCAACUCGCUGCUGAAUAAUAUGGAGCUGGCGAAGCGCAUUUAUUUGAAUGUGACCAACGGCCAUCGCAAUCAGGAAGUGAGCAAAGAGGAGUUCAUGCACUCGGCGCAGGUGAUGUCGCAGAUGACGCCGCUUGAAGUUGAUAUUUUGUUUCAACUCUGCGAUGUGCUGCAUCAAUCUGGGAGGAUCGUCUACAAUGAUCUCAGCGCGAUUGCCCCCGAGCAGUAUUUCAAGCAGAUUACUAAUAGAUUGGCUGAAAUUCAUGCUGUUUCGGGUCCUGAAGACCGUGGCGUCGUUAUCCAGAUGCUGGAGAGUGCCUAUCGCUUUUCCCUGGGUGCUGUGGCCGGAGCUGUGGGAGCAACGGCGGUUUAUCCAAUCGAUCUGGUGAAGACACGCAUGCAGAAUCAACGGACAGGCUCAUUUGUCGGCGAAUUGAUGUACAGGAACAGCGUUGAUUGCUUUAAAAAAGUAAUCAGACACGAGGGUGUGUUUGGCCUUUAUCGCGGUUUAGUGCCGCAAUUACUCGGCGUUGCACCUGAGAAAGCCAUCAAACUGACAGCUAACGAUUUUAUCCGAGACAAAUUCUAUGAUAAACACGGUAACAUUCCAAUUUACGGUGAAAUCUUUGCUGGAGGUUUCGCCGGUGGCUGCCAAGUAGUCUUCACAAAUCCCCUGGAAAUCGUCAAAAUCCGCCUCCAGGUAGCCGGUGAAAUCGCAGGCGGCACAAAAGUGAGAGCAUGGCCUGUAGUGAAAGAACUAGGCGUAAUGGGCUUGUACAAAGGCGCGCGUGCGUGUUUAAUGCGUGACAUGCCCUUCAGCGCCAUCUAUUUCCCUAUGUACGCACACACCAAAGCCGCAAUGGCGGACGAAAACGGCUACAAUAGCCCACUGACACUUUUACUCGCCGGUGCAGUGUCCGGUAUUCCUGCAGCUUCACUAGUUACACCCGCAGACGUAAUAAAAACAAGAUUACAAGUCGUUGCGCGUGCUGGACAGACAACUUACACUGGUAUCAUGGAUGCAGCGAGGAAAAUCUACAAAGAGGAAGGACCACGCGCAUUCUGGAAGGGAACAACUGCUCGAGUUUUUCGCUCAUCGCCACAGUUUGGUGUCACACUCUUCACCUACGAGCUGCUACAGCGUUACCUAUACAUAGACUUCGGCGGAACUCGCCCGACGGGUUCAGAGCUUAAAGUGAUGGAGAACGAUCCAAAAUCACGGCAUCCGGACCAAAUCGGCGGCUAUUCAGUCGCGCAGCCGAUUUUCACCGGCAUCGAGACCAAGUUCGGCCUCUGCCUACCGAAAUUCAGCCGCCCUCCAACUAAUUAACUCAAUACUUGUACGUUUAGCGAACAUUUCACCACCGGAUUUCUUCAUUUUCUUGCCAAUUUACGAAUAUUAUUCACAACUUGCUGCUGAGUUUUGAAGGAAUAUGUGAUAACGCGUUUCAAAUGUUUACGAAUUGUUAGGAAGCGACGCCUUAAAGCCCUUUAAAACGGUUGAGAACGAUUCUAUUGCAGGACAUAACCACAAAGUGAUAAUUAAUUGAUUAAUGGUCGUAAAAAUGUGAGAACACUUCCUAUUUUUCUAAUAAUCGUCUAAAAAUCGCUCUAAAAUCAACCAGAUUAACAAAUGUCAUAAUGUUGUUAGUUUAACACGUGUAGAAUAACGGUCUGAAACAUCUAUGAAAGAAUUAUAAUGUUAACUUGUUUAGAAAAUAAGAAAAACGUGAUUUGUUUGUCUCAGACCGGUGUUCUACACUAUUGAAGUGUUAGGUUAGAAUGAAAAGACAUACCAAUGCAAACAACUAAAAAAACGAAAUUAAUUGUAAAUCUAGGCAGUACUAGAUGCAUUUACCAAAUAUACUUUUAAUUUUUGA